UUUUUUUUCUUUCUUCUUUUUUUUUAACCACAGUGUUAAACAGUAACAGUGUUUGUGACAGCAGUAUUAUCUGGAUCGUACCAACUGGGGGUAUAAGACGGACAGGUACACGUAGCCAAAUUAUCACUAUAAAGAGAUAAAGUAAGCAAGGAAACAAUUUUUGCGAGAAAAUAUUUUCUUUUCCAUAGUUGACAGAGGCUCUGAAAGUGUGAAUAACCAAUAUCUUAAAAAAUACCACCCUCAAACAAUUUAACACCCCUGCGUUUCGCAAACCCUUUUUCAAAGUUCACCUGUUGACUGUGCCAGUGAGGCAUUCAAGUGAUUCCUCCUCCCCACCAACCAAAACUCAAAAUGGUGCUGGCGAUACCUGAUUAGAGAAAGCAGCUGCGUUCAAAGUUAUGCCCGAAUUACAUUUUUAGGGCAGUAUUAGUUGUACAAUUAACAGUUAGGUCGUUAGUGAGAGCAAGGAAUCUGGAUUGAAAAUGUUUUGGACCGUGAUCAUCGCUGUUUUUUUAGCGACAGAGUCCACCCAUGGCAUUUCAGUUCAGUGUAGAACCAAGAGGUAUGUUGUCAUCCUCUUCCAGCCCGUCACCCUCAACUGUGACUUUCAGACGAGUGCCUCUCAGCCUCCCGUUGUCACCUGGAAGUACAAAUCAUACUGCCGGGACCCGAUUCAGGCUGCACUCAAUCCCAGCAGUGCAGCGAACGCCCUGGCUAACGCCAACCCAAACUAUGACCCCAACAUUGAAUGUGCCGACAGCCAAAGGACGGUCCGCAUAGUGGCCUCAAAGCAGGGUGAAGCCGUGACCCUCGGCAAAGAAUACCAGGGUCGCAAGAUCAGCGUCAACAGCAAAGCAGACCUGAACAUAGCGCAGACAGCGUGGGGAGACAGCGGAGUUUAUGUUUGCUCCGUCGUCUCGUCCCAGGAUCUUUCAGGAAACAGCGAAGAUUACACCGAGCUGAUUGUUCUGGAGAGAAAGUCAAAUACUACUGACCUCCUGCCUGGCAUUGACUUACUGGUUAUGGAAGAUUGGCUCCUGGUGGUUCUGGUGGUUCUGGGCUUCCUUCUUCUGCUGCUCCUGAUUGGGAUCUGCUGGUGUCAGUGUUGUCCGCACACGUGCUGCUGCUACGUCAGCUGCCCCUGCUGUCCUGAGAAGUGCUGCUGUCCACGAGCCUUGUAUGAGGCAGGAAAAGCAGUGAAGAAAGGUGUGCCGAGCCACUACGCCCCCACCCUCUAUGCUCCCAGUUUGUAUGCACAGCCAAUGUAUGUUGGCCAACAAGGCAACCAGCCCGCCAUGCCCAUGCUUCCUCUUCCCAACGGAGCCGGACCGGCCCCUCCCCACAAUGGCUACGGACGUGACUACGAUGGUGCCAGCUCUGUGGGACAGGGAUCCCAGGUGCCUUUGCUGCAUGAUCAGGAUGGUGGAGGAGACCACACUCGCAGUGGGUAUCGAAUUCAGGUGGAUCCGGAUGGGAAUGCCACACGUGCCAUUUACUAUUUGGAGAAGGAACUUGCAACGUUAGACCCAUCCAAACCUGCCAACUACAACCGAUUGGACAACAUGAGUGAGGUCAGCUCAUUGCACGACGGCCUGGAUCCUCGGGGGCGAGGGGGCCGCUCUCAGCCUCCGCCUCUGGCCACCGUCUACGACAGGGAUGAAGCCAUGAGCACCAUCAGCAGCGUGUCUCAGCAAGGCUACCGCCGGGACGACUACCCCCGCCGCGGCGGGGGCUACAUGGGGGAUCGGGCCCGCGCCCGCUCCAUGGACAACCUGGAUGACAUCGGGCGCAGAGGCCAGAGAGACGACUAUCCACCCCACCGCCGUCCAGAUGAGCCCAGAGGCAGGAGGGGCUCUGACAGCGAGUGGAGCAGCAGCGCUCGCGGCGGCUACGACCGAAACUACGACGAGCGCAGACGCCGGGACCACUCCCCCGACGACCGCGGCAGAAGAGAGGGAGGGGCCUACGGCGGCCUGGCAGGGCGCCGCAGCCACAGCCGCGACGACCUGAUGGAGCUGGAGCGGAACCGCAGGAACGGCGGCGGCGGCAGGGGGGGGCGGGACGAUUACGACGACAGCUUCCUGCGAGAAGCCAUGGAGAGGAAGAGGCUGGGCGAGCAGCAGAGGGCGCGCAGCCGCGAGCGGCUGGACAGCGACAGCGAGCGCUCGGAUCGAGGGAGGGCGCCACGCGGGCCCCCCCCUCUCCCAGUGAGCCCCCCAUCUGGGUACGCCGGUCGCCGAGAUGACUACCCACCUCCGAUGCCCCCCCCAUACAGCGACAACGAAAGCGUGUCGUCCUCAAAGAAGAGCAACCUCCGCAAGGCAAAAUGGAGCCGUGAGCCGAGAGAGCCUGGUCGUGUAAGGAAACAAACCAAAAAAAGCCAGCGUGAUGUUGGAUGCAGCUCUUAGCGCUACAAGAACUGAAAGUUGCCUUUUUCCAAGACUGUAAAUAUUACGCAAUCUACUAACAAUCUACUAACGCGCAGAAUUGAACAGAGUGCUGAUUUUUGUGCUUCAUUUUGAGAUGAAAUUAUAAACUUUUUUUAAACAAGUGUAACCGCUCCGAUGAAAGUUUGUGUGCCUUUCCAUUCAUGAAAAAUUGUGGCUGCCACAAGUGCCUUAAAGUGUACAGAGUUUUGUUUGUAGGCGUAAAGUCAUAUUAAUUAACACUUAACAUAGUCUUAUCAGGUUUGAAUGUUCACUAUUAUAUAGUUUUACUAAACUGAUACAGGUCCUGAUGAAGUUCUGUUGGGGUCUUUUUGUUUUUUACUUGUCUGUUUACUUGUUGUAUUUUGUUAAAGAAACUAUGAACAUUUAAAUUAAUCUGUUUUAUCUUUUCUUUUUGCUUUUAGUCAUCUUGGUAUGCUCACUCUAUAGACAUUUCCAGCAGAUUACUCAUUAUAGAUUUUAUUGUCUUUUCUAUUUGCGUGUUUUAUCUCAGCAUGCUGUACAACUGAGAAGUAAUAGCCUUUGCAGUGCAAGUGUUAAUGAUGAUUUUACAAUAAAAGACUAAUUUCCAGGCCAUUUAUUGGACUUUAGUUGAGUGUUUCACCACUAGAUGUCACCAUCUUCUUAGUUUUUCUAGAUAAUGAUGCAAACUUUGACCAUAUCCGUUUUGUACAUUUUGCAUUGCUUUUGUAUUUAGAAAUGGAAAAAAAUAAGAUUUUUAUGGAUAAUUAUUUGGAUAGUGAAAGUUUACUUGUCUUUCCAUAAGAUUUUAUACUUAAAAGAUGGACACAAAAACAGGAAAUACCAUACAACAAAAACAGCUCCAGAAAUUCCAAAGGCAUUCAUCUCUGCCUUAAGUCUAUCGGAAUCUAUUAAAAGUUUAGGCUUAACAAAGAUUUAAAGCAGAAACGUUUUGUCAAGAUAUUUUACAUGUUUAAUUUCUGUCGUGUCCUCAGUUUUACUGUUGAGUGUAUGGCUACGUGUACAUGUGAAUAAAUAGAGAAUAAUUUCAUAUGUAAAGGACGAGUUACUCUGUUUGGUGUGAUCCAUUAGAAACAAGUACAAUUUCCAGAGUGUGCAUUAACUGUUGUCACGUGAGGCAAAACAAAACAUUCAUACCAACAAUAUAAAUUACGACCUAUAAUUAUUCAUAUAUAACAAACUUUGAGAGCUUGUUGGCUAUAAUUUGUCAUAUGUCAGAGGCGGUGUAAGGUUCAUGUGAAUUAGAUGAACUAUUUUGUUCUGGCUGUCUUAAAGCGGGUGGUUUUAAAUGCAGGUGGAGAUAAAUUACGUGAUUCACAUUAAAAAGCACCUUUUGAAAAACCUUUAUCAUUGCUUUAUCAUUGUAGAACACCAUCUUAGAGUUUAAACCAUGAGCCUUUUUAAACGGU